UUCCUAUUCCAAUUCUGGAAACCCUUCAGCAGCGUCCUUUUUCUAUAUAAAUCUCUCUCUUUCCCGGGGGAAAUCUCUUGUUUGUUCUUCGUCUAGGGUUUUCUUUUCGUCGGGGAUCCUAAGAUUGGCGGCUUUCCUCCGUCUUGCAUUGUGGUUUUUCGUUUCGUGACCUUGAAUUUCUGGUUUUCUUUCGAUUUUGAAGGUGUUGGUUUAAAUUUUGGUUCGUGGUCAGAGAUCUUGAUGAAUUUGUGGUGAUCGGAUUCCUAGGGUUUCGUUGGUUCGUAAAUUACGGUUCUUUAUCUGAAAUCGCUUUGGAUUUGAUCGAGGGCCGUGGAGUUUUCUUGGAUUUCUAGGGUUUUCUUUGUCUGGGAUUGGGGUGGCUUUGUGUUGGGUUUGGUUUUGAGUUUUUGGGUGGUUUGAAGGAUAUGGAGAGUGUUUCGAGGCAGUAUGGGAUUACAAAGCCGAUCUCCACUGCUAUGCCAACCGAAGCGGAUCUCCAGAGGACCGUUGAGUUGGAAAAGUUCUUGGUGGAUGCGGGACUAUAUGAGAGCAAAGAAGAGUGUGCAAAAAGAGAGGAAGUUUUAGGGGAGAUUAAUCAGAUUGUUAAAAGCUGGGUGAAGCAGUUAACCCGUCAGAGAGGCUACAGCGAUCAAAUGGUUGAAGAUGCAAAUGCUGUCAUUUACACGUUUGGAUCUUUCCGCCUAGGAGUUCAUGGACCCGGUGCUGAUAUUGAUACCCUUUGUGUUGGACCUUCCUACAUCAACCGAGAGGACUUUUUCAUAAUUUUGCACAGAAUAUUGGAGAACGUGGAAGAAGUGGCUGAAUUACAACCUGUCCCAGAUGCUCAUGUUCCUGUUAUGAGAUUUAAAUUCCGUGGGAUAUCAAUUGACCUUCUUUAUGCGAGCAUCUCCCUUUUAGUUGUUCCUGAAGAUUUAGAUAUUUCUCAAGGCUCUGUGCUUUAUGAUGUUGAUGAACCUACUGUCCGUAGUCUUAAUGGCUGCAGAGUGGCAGACCAAAUUCUUCGUCUUGUUCCAAAUGUUGAGCAAUUUCGGACAACUCUUCGAUGUUUAAAAUUUUGGGCAAAGAGACGUGGAGUUUAUUCAAAUGUAACUGGAUUUCUUGGAGGUGUUAAUUGGGCUUUAUUGGUUGCUCGAAUCUGUCAGCUUUAUCCUAAUGCUGUUGCUAGUAUGCUGGUUUCUCGGUUCUUUAGAGUUUAUACACAGUGGCGCUGGCCAAAUCCUGUGAUGUUAUGCCCUAUUGAGGAGAAUGAACUUGGGUUUCCUGUAUGGGAUCCUCGUAGAAAUCCUCGAGAUCGAACUCAUCAUAUGCCUAUAAUCACUCCUGCAUAUCCAUGCAUGAAUUCUAGCUACAAUGUGUCAACCAGCACCCUCCGGGUUAUAAUGGAGCAGUUUGAGAAGGGUAACAAAAUUUGUGAGGGGAUUGAGACAAAUGGGGCCCAAUGGAGUGCUUUGUUUGAGCCUUAUCUUUUCUUUGAAUCAUACAAAAAUUAUCUCCAAGUUGACAUUCGUGCUGAGGAUGAUGAAGAUUUACGUUUAUGGAAGGGGUGGGUAGAAUCUCGAUUACGGCAGCUGACCCUGAAGAUAGAAAGAGACACUAAUGGUAUGCUUCAGUGUCAUCCAUAUCCCAAUGAGUAUGUGGACACUUCCAAACUGUCUGCAAACCGUGUGUUUUUCAUGGGCUUGCAAAGGAAGCCAGGAAUGAAAGUACAAGAAGGCCAGCAAUUUGAUAUACGAGCAACAGUGGAUGAGUUCAAACAUUCAGUAAACCUGUAUAUGUACUGGAAACCUGGCAUGGAAAUUUAUGUUUCUCAUGUUCAUAGAAAGCAGAUUCCAUCCUAUGUAUUUCCUGAAGGGUACAAGCGACCACGACCAUCCAGGUCCUUAAACCAGCAGCGUGUGGGGAAAAGUUCUUGUGGAGGUGGUGCUGAAGAAUGUAGAGCAGGAGAGAGACACCUCAAGAGGAAAAAUGAAGCUCUGGAAGGUGGUUCGCGAUCAGCUAAACGAGAAAAACGGUUAUCUGUUAGCCCUAAUGGGCGUGAUGUUCAUUCUCCCGAAUCUGCAAAUCAUGAUUCAAGUGCAUCUCCCAGCAUCAGCCCAGCAUUAGAGCACAGAGUGGAUGUGUCACUUGGCGGUAGGGUUAGUCGAGAAAGUGUUUCUACCAGUUGUCUUGGUACAAAAGACACUGACAAUGAAGGGUGCCUGGAGCAGUCUGGCUCUGUUGAAUUAAAUCAGCAGGGCCAACCGUGCUCCAAUAACAUCUGUAAUAGCUCAGGGGAUGUAUGUCAGAGUACCUUGCAGGGGAAUGUGGACACAAGACUUGCUACAAACAUUAAUGAUAUGAUCCAACAGAAUAGCCCUGGGCAUGCAGAAGAUAAUUUUGCGGACACUGAAAGAGAAAGGAAAUUGCCCUCUGAUUUAUCAAGAACUGUGGCUUCUUCCGGGGAAUCAAUUUACUGCAUGUUUCGUGAGGGUCUUCAAACUGAAGACAUGGAUGGAGGUAAACAUAAAUCUGCAAAGGCUGUUAAGGGAGAUGAUAUCUGCAGCAGUUUGAUCAAUUCACCAAAAGAGGUUGUAUCAGACCAGAACAUGGACAUCAGCGAGAAUGAUAAUAACCUUCAUUUACUGGAAAACAACCACAAGACUGGGAUGGAUGCGGUUCUUCCAGGACAGUGCUUGAAUGAAGAAGGAAAAUUUGAAAAUAGCUCUGCAGAGGAGCUAGAGCCAAAUCUCGCACUUGGGAUGGUCUUGAAAGCUCAUGGAGGAGUGGACUCUGAACCUGUUCAGAAACCAGUGAUAAGGCACAUCUACAGGCUGGACCCAAUCUGGUUAUUAACCUGA